CCAAGCCAAUUCUCCUUUGCAGCAAAAAAAAAAAUUACAUGUAUAUAUUAUUAAGAUAAUAUAUACAUCUGAUUUUAUUUUUUACAAAAAGUUUAUUUUGCUCCAUUUUUGAAAAAAGAAGGAGCGUGGGUGGCAGGCGGUUUUUAUAAAUUAUCCUUAUUUUUGGUUAUUUGUCUCUGUCCUUCCCCACCCCCUGCUGAAGCGAAAAUAAGGGCAGGGACCGCGGCUCCUACCUAUCCGUAACCCCCUUACCCGUUCCUCCCCCUCCCUAACGCUGAGCAUAGUGCCCUGCACACAGUAGGCACUCAAUAAAUGUUCGUGGAUGAUGAUGAUGAUGAUGAUGAAAAAAAUGCAGCAUCAACGGCAGCAGCAAGAGGACCACGCGAACGAGGCAAACUAUGCAAGAGGCACCAGACUCCCGAUUUCUGGUGAAGGACCAACUUCUCAGCCGAACAGCUCCAAGCAAACGGUCCUGUCUUGGCAAGCUGCAAUCGAUGCUGCUAGACAGGCCAAGGCCGCCCAGACCAUGAGCACCUCUGCACCGCCACCUGUAGGAUCCCUGUCCCAAAGAAAACGUCAGCAAUACGCCAAGAGCAAAAAACAGGGUAACUCGUCCAACAGCCGGCCUGCCCGCGCCCUUUUCUGUUUAUCGCUCAAUAACCCCAUCCGAAGAGCCUGCAUUAGUAUAGUGGAGUGGAAACCAUUUGACAUAUUUAUAUUAUUGGCUAUUUUUGCCAAUUGUGUGGCCUUAGCUAUUUACAUCCCAUUCCCUGAAGAUGAUUCUAAUUCAACAAAUCAUAACUUGGAAAAAGUAGAAUAUGCCUUCCUGAUUAUUUUUACAGUGGAGACAUUUCUGAAGAUUAUAGCAUAUGGAUUGUUGCUGCACCCUAACGCUUAUGUUAGGAAUGGAUGGAAUUUACUGGAUUUUGUUAUAGUAAUAGUAGGAUUGUUUAGUGUAAUUUUGGAACAAUUAACCAAAGAAACAGAAGGCGGGAACCACUCCAGUGGCAAAUCAGGAGGCUUUGAUGUCAAGGCCCUCCGUGCCUUCCGAGUGUUAAGACCACUUCGACUUGUAUCAGGAGUGCCCAGUUUACAAGUUGUUCUGAACUCCAUUAUAAAAGCCAUGGUCCCCCUCCUUCACAUAGCCCUUUUGGUAUUAUUUGUAAUUAUCAUCUAUGCUAUUAUAGGAUUGGAACUUUUUAUUGGAAAAAUGCACAAAACAUGUUUUUUUGCUGACUCAGAUAUCGUAGCUGAAGAGGACCCAGCUCCAUGUGCGUUCUCAGGGAAUGGACGCCAGUGUACCGCCAAUGGCACGGAGUGUAGGAGUGGCUGGGUUGGCCCCAAUGGAGGCAUCACUAACUUUGAUAACUUUGCCUUUGCCAUGCUCACUGUGUUCCAGUGCAUCACCAUGGAGGGCUGGACAGACGUGCUCUACUGGGUAAAUGAUGCGAUAGGAUGGGAAUGGCCAUGGGUGUAUUUUGUUAGUCUGAUCAUCCUUGGCUCAUUUUUCGUCCUUAACCUGGUUCUUGGUGUCCUUAGUGGAGAAUUCUCCAAGGAAAGAGAGAAGGCUAAAGCGCGGGGAGAUUUCCAGAAGCUUCGGGAGAAGCAGCAGCUGGAAGAGGAUCUCAAGGGCUACUUGGAUUGGAUCACCCAAGCAGAAGACAUAGAUCCUGAGAACGAAGAGGAGGGUGGAGAGGAAGGCAAACGAAACACCAGCAUGCCCACCAGUGAGACUGAAUCUGUGAACACAGAGAACGUAAGUGGUGAAGGCGAGGCCCGGGGAUGCUGUGGAAGUCUCUGGUGCUGGUGGAAGAGAAGAGGAGCGGCCAAGACUGGGCCCUCUGGGUUUCGGCGGUGGGGUCAGGCUAUCUCGAAAUCCAAACUCAGCCGACGCUGGCGUCGCUGGAACCGAUUCAAUCGCAGGAGAUGCAGGGCUGCCGUGAAAUCCGUCACGUUUUACUGGCUGGUCAUUGUCCUGGUGUUUCUCAACACUUUAACUAUUUCCUCUGAGCACUACAAUCAGCCAGACUGGCUGACACAGAUUCAAGAUACUGCAAACAAAGUCCUGUUGGCGCUGUUCACCUGUGAGAUGCUGGUGAAGAUGUACAGCUUGGGCCUCCAGGCGUACUUCGUCUCUCUCUUCAACCGCUUUGACUGCUUUGUGGUGUGUGGGGGGAUCACCGAGACCAUUCUGGUGGAGCUGGAGCUCAUGUCCCCUCUGGGGGUCUCCGUGUUCCGGUGUGUGCGCCUCCUGAGGAUCUUCAAAGUGACCAGGCACUGGACCUCCCUGAGCAACCUUGUGGCAUCCUUGUUGAACUCCAUGAAGUCCAUUGCUUCGCUGCUGUUGCUGCUCUUCCUCUUCAUCAUUAUCUUCUCCUUGCUGGGCAUGCAGCUGUUUGGUGGGAAGUUUAAUUUCGACGAAACCCAAACCAAGCGAAGCACCUUCGACAACUUCCCCCAAGCGCUCCUGACUGUGUUCCAGAUCCUGACAGGCGAAGACUGGAAUGCGGUGAUGUACGAUGGCAUCAUGGCCUAUGGAGGCCCAUCCUCCUCCGGGAUGAUUGUCUGCAUCUAUUUCAUCAUCCUUUUCAUCUGUGGCAACUAUAUCCUACUGAAUGUCUUCUUGGCCAUCGCUGUAGACAAUUUGGCUGAUGCUGAAAGUUUGAACACUGCUCAGAAAGAGGAAGCUGAAGAAAAAGAAAGGAAAAAAAUUGCCAGGACUCAGCCAUGCUUCCCGAGGGUGCUAGGACUCAGCCAUGCUUCCCGAGGGGUUACAAUUGAUGAUUAUCAGGAAGAGACGGAAGACAAGGACCCUUACCCGCCCUGUGAUGUGCCAGUAGGUGAAGAGGAAGAGGAGGAGGAGGAGGAGGAGCCUGAGGUUCCUGCUGGUCCCCGCCCUCGCAGAAUCUCAGAGUUGAACAUGAAGGAGAAAAUUGCGCCCAUCCCCGAAGGAAGUGCUUUCUUCAUUCUUAGCAAGACCAACCCGAUCCGUGUGGGCUGCCACAAGCUCAUCAACCACCACAUCUUCACCAACCUUAUCCUGGUCUUCAUCAUGCUGAGCAGCGCCGCCCUGGCCGCCGAAGAUCCCAUCCGCAGCCACUCCUUCCGGAACACGAUACUGGGUUACUUUGACUAUGCUUUCACAGCCAUCUUUACGGUUGAGAUCCUGUUAAAGAUGACGACGUUUGGGGCUUUCCUACAUAAAGGGGCUUUCUGCAGGAACUACUUCAACUUGCUGGACAUGCUGGUUGUUGGAGUGUCUCUGGUGUCGUUUGGGAUUCAAUCCAGCGCCAUCUCCGUGGUGAAGAUUCUCAGGGUCUUGAGGGUCUUGAGGCCCCUCAGAGCAAUCAACAGAGCAAAAGGGCUUAAGCACGUUGUCCAGUGUGUCUUUGUGGCCAUCCGAACCAUCGGCAACAUCAUGAUCGUCACCACCCUGCUCCAGUUCAUGUUUGCAUGCAUUGGGGUCCAGUUGUUCAAGGGGAAGUUCUAUCGAUGCACAGACGAAGCCAAAAGUAACCCUGAAGAAUGCAGGGGGCUUUUCAUUCUUUAUAAGGAUGGGGAUGUCGACAGUCCUGUGGUCCGUGAGAGGAUCUGGCAGAACAGUGAUUUCAAUUUUGAUAAUGUCCUUUCAGCCAUGAUGGCACUCUUCACAGUCUCAACUUUUGAGGGCUGGCCUGCGUUGCUGUAUAAAGCCAUUGACUCGAACGGAGAGAAUGUUGGUCCAGUCUACAACUACCGUGUGGAGAUCUCCAUCUUCUUCAUCAUCUAUAUCAUCAUUGUUGCCUUCUUCAUGAUGAACAUCUUUGUGGGCUUCGUCAUCGUCACCUUCCAGGAACAAGGAGAAAAAGAGUAUAAGAACUGUGAGCUCGACAAAAAUCAGCGCCAGUGUGUUGAAUAUGCCUUGAAAGCUCGCCCCUUAAGGAGGUACAUCCCCAAGAACCCCUACCAGUACAAGUUCUGGUACGUGGUGAACUCCUCGCCUUUUGAAUACAUGAUGUUCGUCCUCAUCAUGCUCAACACACUCUGCCUGGCCAUGCAGCACUACGAGCAGUCCAAGAUGUUCAAUGAUGCCAUGGACAUUCUGAACAUGGUCUUCACGGGGGUAUUCACUGUUGAGAUGGUUUUGAAAGUCAUCGCGUUUAAGCCCAAGGGGUAUUUUAGUGACGCCUGGAACACGUUUGACUCCCUCAUCGUAAUCGGCAGCAUUAUAGACGUGGCCCUCAGCGAAGCCGACCCAACUGAAAGUGAAAGUGUCCCUCUCCCAACUGCUACACCUGGGAACUCUGAAGAGAGCAAUAGAAUCUCCAUCACCUUUUUCCGUCUUUUCCGAGUGAUGCGCUUGGUGAAGCUUCUCAGCAGGGGGGAAGGCAUCCGGACUCUGCUGUGGACUUUCAUCAAGUCCUUUCAGGCACUCCCAUAUGUCGCCCUCCUCAUUGCCAUGCUCUUCUUCAUCUAUGCAGUCAUUGGCAUGCAGAUGUUUGGGAAAGUUGCCAUGAGAGAUAACAACCAGAUCAAUAGGAACAACAACUUCCAGACGUUUCCACAGGCAGUGCUGCUGCUCUUCAGGUGUGCCACCGGGGAAGCCUGGCAGGAGAUCAUGCUUGCCUGCCUCCCUGGGAAGCUGUGUGACCCGGACUCAGAUUACAACCCGGGAGAGGAAUACACUUGUGGGAGCAACUUUGCCAUUGUGUAUUUCAUCAGCUUUUACAUGCUCUGCGCGUUCCUGAUCAUCAACCUCUUCGUGGCUGUUAUCAUGGACAAUUUUGACUACCUGACCCGGGACUGGUCUAUUCUGGGGCCCCACCACUUGGAUGAAUUCAAAAGGAUAUGGUCAGAAUAUGACCCCGAAGCAAAGGGAAGGAUAAAACACCUUGAUGUGGUCACUCUGCUCCGACGAAUCCAGCCUCCUCUGGGGUUCGGGAAGUUAUGUCCACACCGAGUAGCGUGUAAGAGAUUAGUUGCCAUGAACAUGCCUCUCAACAGUGACGGGACAGUCAUGUUCAACGCCACCCUGUUUGCUUUGGUCCGCACGGCUCUCAAGAUCAAGACCGAAGGGAACCUGGAGCAAGCUAAUGAAGAACUCCGAGCUGUGAUAAAGAAAAUCUGGAAGAAGACAAGCAUGAAGCUCCUCGACCAAGUUGUUCCCCCAGCUGGUGAUGAUGAGGUAACCGUGGGGAAGUUCUAUGCCACUUUCCUGAUACAGGACUACUUUAGGAAAUUCAAGAAACGGAAAGAACAAGGACUGGUGGGCAAGUACCCCGCGAAGAACACCACAAUUGCCCUACAGGCGGGAUUAAGGACUCUGCAUGACAUUGGGCCAGAAAUCCGGCGUGCUAUCUCCUGUGACUUGCAAGAUGACGACCCAGAAGAAUCAAAAGCAGACGAAGACGAUGUAUUCAAAAGAAAUGGUGCCCUGCUUGGAAACCAUGUCAAUCAUGUUAAUAGUGAUAGGAGAGAUUCCCUUCAGCAGACCAAUACCACCCACCGUCCCCUGCAUGUCCAAAGGCCUUCAAUUCCACCUGCAAGUGAUACUGAGAAACCGCUGUUUCCUCCAGCAGGAAAUUCGGUGUGUCAUAACCAUCAUAACCAUAAUUCCAUAGGGAAGCAAGUUCCCACCUCAACAAAUGCCAAUCUCAAUAAUGCCAAUAUGUCCAAAGCUGCCCACGGAAAGCGGCCCAGCAUUGGGAACCUUGAGCAUGUGUCUGAAAAUGGGCAUUACUCCUACAAGCAUGAUCGAGAGCUUCAAAGAAGGUCCAGUAUUAAAAGAACCCGCUAUUAUGAAACUUACAUUCGGUCUGAGUCAGGAGAUGAACAGCUUCCAACGAUUUGCCGAGAAGACCCCGAGACACCUGGCUACUUUAGAGACCCCUACUGCUUGGGGGAGCAGGAGUAUUUCAGUAGUGAGGAGUGUUGUGAGGACAACAGCUCUCCCACUUGGAGCAGACAAAACUACAACUAUUACAACAGGUACCCAGGCAGCUCCAUGGACUUUGAGAGGCCCCGAGGCUACCAUCACCCCCAAGGCUGCUUAGAAGACGAUGACUCACCCACUGGCUAUGACUCACGGAGAUCUCCGAGGAGACGCCUUCUACCUCCCACCCCACCAUCCCACCGGAGGUCGUCCUUCAACUUCGAGUGUCUGCGAAGGCAAAGCAGCCAAGAAGACAUCCUUCCGUCGCCUGCCCUGCCUCACCGGGCCGCCCUGCCCCUGCACCUGAUGCAGCAGCAGAUCAUGGCCGUAGCAGGCCUCGACUCCAGUAAAGCCCAGAAGUACUCUCCGAGCCACUCCACCCGGUCAUGGGCCACCCCGCCCGCCACCCCUCCAUACCGGGACUGGACCCCAUGCUACACUCCCCUGAUCCAGGUGGACCGCUCAGAGUCUCUGGACCAGGUCAACGGCAGCCUGCCAUCUCUGCACCGCAGUUCCUGGUACACAGAUGAGCCCGACAUCUCCUAUAGGACUUUCACACCAGCCAGCCUGACCGUCCCCAGCAGCUUCCGGAACAAAAACAGUGACAAGCAAAGGAGCGCAGACAGCCUGGUGGAAGCGGUCCUGAUAUCCGAAGGCUUAGGACGCUACGCAAGGGACCCAAAAUUUGUGUCAGCAACAAAACAUGAAAUUGCCGAUGCCUGUGACCUAACCAUUGACGAGAUGGAGAGUGCGGCAAGCACUCUGCUCAAUGGCAGUGUGUGUCCUCGAGCCAAUGGGGACAUGGGCCCCAUCUCACACCGCCAGGACUAUGAACUCCAGGACUUUGGUCCCGGCUACAGUGAUGAGGAGCCAGACCCUGGGAGAGAGGAAGAGGACCUGGCAGAUGAAAUGAUCUGCAUCACCACCUUGUAGCCCAGUGAGGGCAGGCUGGCUUCAGCCUGAGACGGGCACCGGAGGGCCAGGGAUAAAGUGCCUCAUGGUUAGGAAAGUUUAGGCACUAGUUGGGAGAAAAUGCUCAAUUAGACUUUUGUACAAGUGAUAUCACGCCCCCCCCCCCCCCAAGGAAGCCAUAACCUGGUAGGAACAGGUUCUGAGUGGCCAAGCAUGUGGUAUGCCACAUACUCAGGCCCAGCCUCAGAAGACAGUAUGUCUGGCCCCUCGAGAGGAUGGGUGAGGAGGGCAGCCUGGCCUGCACAGGGGCCCGAAGGUCUGCCCAGGGCACAUGACAGAGAGGUUAGAGGUGAUGGCAGUCACCACAUCUGUGUCAUGAGCCCGGCCAUCAGUCUAGCACAUCAGACACUCACUGGGCCCGUCAUUCUCCAUCUCUGAACCCCCUCCCCCAACACACCGCUUCCUGAUUCCCGUGCAGCUGUUCUGAACAGUCCACACCAGAACUCAGCCACGAGUGGUCAUAGAGAGGGGAGGGGACCGGACAGACACGGCUUUGUCAUGCGACGCCAGUUUACGUAAGAGAGCAUCACUCAGAUGGUCAGUUCUGUCACCUAAGGGCAACCGUAAACUGGAGAGUAACACACUUGCAAACCAGGUAAACUUAGAUACGUUAGUUUGUUUAAAAAUUAUAGAUUUACUGUACAUGACUUGUAAUAUACAAUUUGUAUUUGUAAAGAGAUGGUCUAUAUUUUGUAAUUAUCGUACCGUAUUUGAACUGCAGCAAUAUCCAUGGGUCGGUCCUAAACAAUUGUAGUUUCCCACCAAAACCUAGAAAUUAUUAGUAUUUUUACUUGGGCUAAACAGAACUAGGAGAAUUAGAGCCAAUUCUCACGUAUUCAGUAAAAGAAUCUUUUGGGGAUAAACUUUUGAGUUCCGAGAAAUCUUGACCACUUCAGAAAUUUUUCUAAAAUAUUUUGAGUCACUAUAAACCUAUCUUUACAUAAGAUAUCAAGAUGACUAUUUGCAGUCUUUUCUUUGGGUCCUAUGAUUUUAUAUUGUACCUCUUACCUACAUGGGUUGCAACUGUCUUUGGUUUGGUUUCACUUUAAUAAUCCCCUUUAUAAUCAGUUAGUUACAAAGCAGGGGCAUCCACUGGUCUGGCUUCCUCAGCUGCCCAUGCAGGAUGCUUCCGGUCUCUGAUGCGGAAGUGACCCGACGGGAGAACCACAGGCAUCUGCUCACAUCCCCAGGGAUGCUUCUCUUAAGAGGAGGUACUGGCAUGGCGGAAGAGAGGAGCGCUGUGUGACCUGGGAGUGUGGGGUCUGUACGGGGUCUCCUGUGGCCGUGCGCAGCUGCGGUGCAGCGCGUUCUUUAAGAGCCGCCAUACGCAACUGGACGAGGGCUGAGAUGGCCAUGAGAACACACUCAACUGUCAAGGUUCCCAGCCUGUCAACAGUCACGUGACACCACCCCAUCAUUUCGCUAAGGAUUAUCUGCAAUCAAAAAUACAGGUAGCAGUUUGGGUUCAAAAUUUUUAACUAGUACACAGACAACCUGUGGAAAAAAACUUUUUUUUUCUUUUUGUAAAUAACACUUUUGUUACAAAGACCUCACAAACCUCUUCCUAGGACAUUCUUACUCCAGAUGCAGGCAAAAACACUUCAAGGUUUGUAAAUGACUAUUUCCUGACAUAAAGCCUUUUUUUUUAUUAAAAUGCAAAAUGUUCUUCAGAA